AUGUCUCAAGACGUCUUCAAACAUAUAACCAGAAAACAGCUUCAGCGUUCUCGAUCCAGGUCCUUCGAUGGUCGUUCUGAUCGAUCACCAAGUUCCUUAUUUCCAAAGAAAGAAAAUGGCUUGACACCGACUACCAGGUUAAGACUCUUAACCUUCUCUAGCGUGUCUAGGUACUCAUUUUCUUACAGCCCUUUGAUUAUCCGUGGAGGAAUUAAUGACUAUCUCCCGUUAGACCUCAAUAUCACAAAUCCCUGGGAGUCGCUCCCUGAAACAGAGAUGCGCCGGACUGGUGAAGAACUCUUCGGAAACUAUACAAUUAGCACAGAAGCUUUGGGUGAUGAACAGGACAGGUCUCCGUUCACAGCUCGCCCGAAGAAGCGUCGAUCACUGGGCGAUAUAUACUAUGUACCUGUUCCUGGUAAACAGCAUACAUCAUCAGCUGUAGAUACGCCUCUGCAAGCUAUUGCUACAACAAAUAAUACCACCUUUAGUAUUUGGUCUGCGAAUGAUUACUUUUGUUUACUUUUCGGCCUAAGUGGCUCAAAAUUAAAUCGGCAUAAGGUUUUUGAUAUAUUUCCCAAAGCGUUUUCUUCCUAUUUAUCCACCUUAAUGAGUUCCUUUCCAAUAGAUAAUGAACAUGAACGCGUGUUAUUCUGCGGUGAUAUUUUUCCUGUGAAAACUGUUGACGGUAUACGCGUUAUGGAUUUUUGGGUGAAAGAGAAGGCAGGUAAAUUGAUAUGGAUUCUUGAGUUCGUCGAAGAAUCGUAUAUCGAAUUUCAGCUCUCUAAUAACGACUUUGUAAUUGAUUUGAAAACCGGUGAACCGCUCACCUUGGAUUUUCUGCCUUCUCAGUUACCAAAGACUUGGGAUGAGCGCUUAUAUUUGGGUACUCGUAUGUCAACGGGGCUAAUUUGCCCAAGCAUGAUAUAUCCACUAUCAGGAAAUACUUACCAGUAUACUAUAUUUCAUUAUGCGGCUGGUCUACUUUUUAUAAAUAGGAAUCGAAAAAUUGUGUCUUUGAAUGAAGCCAUAUUUGAAUCCAUGCUUGGGUUCGGCGACUUAUUGAUGCGUGAUAUCUCAAUAAUAUUUCCAGAUUUUAACGAAAUAUUAGAUUUACUGCUAGAUAGUCGUUUCUUAGACCCAGGAAGAGUCGUCUCGGAACUUCAUAUUAGGCAUGCAUACUAUCGCAUAAAGUCAUAUAAUCCUAACAUUGGCGAUCGUCCCGAGUUGGUACACGCCGAUGGUCAUCGCAUCAGGGUGGACUGUCAAAUUAUAUCUGUUUCUCCUGCGUCUGACUACCCGAGCGAGCCUGCUUUUGGUGUAUGGCUUAUUUUUGAUUCUGUUGAUAAUCGUGCUUCUAAUUAUAUCAGUUCAAAACGUUCGGCUGAAUUGUUGGAAAAGGCUGUAAAGUCUGAGGAAACAAACGACUUGGGAGGACCCAGAGAGACAAGCGAUGAAAUUUCAUUUCAAUGUGACGGAAUAUGGGAAAAUAUUCCGCAAAAAAUAUCUAUGUAUAAUACCGUGAAGGAGUUAGGAAUCGGAGCGUAUGGGCAAGUAAAGCUGGCUAGCUAUAAAUGUCAUAAAGAGCAUGAAGUAAUUUUAAAAUCUAUUAAUAAGUCCCGGAUAUUGUUGGAUUCCUGGAUGCGAGAUAAGGAGCUCGGAACAGUGCCUAUGGAAAUAAGCAUUUUGAAUUUUUUAAAAACUAAACCACAUCCAAAUAUUGUGAACAUGAUAUCUUUUUUUGAGGAUAACGAUAAUUAUUAUUUGUUAACAGAACCACAGAUGCCAGGAAUUGAUCUAUUUGAUUAUAUUGAAGUAAGAUCUUCAAUAUCGGAAGUUGAGUGUAAGGCUAUUUUUUAUCAAAUUGCUUUAGCUAUUGGUCAUUUGCAUACUUUUGAUAUAGUACAUAGGGAUAUAAAGGACGAAAAUAUAAUUCUGGAGCAAUCAGGAGUUGCCAGAUUAAUUGAUUUUGGGAGCUCAAGUCUCACUCGAAAAGGACCUUUUGAUACUUUUCGGGGAACAGUGGGUUUCGCUGCCCCUGAACUGUUAAAAGGAGAAAGAUAUAUGGGUAAAGAACAGGAUGUUUGGGCUUUGGGUAUUUUACUUUAUACAAUCGUUUACCGCGAAAACCCGUUUUACAAUAUUGAGGAAAUAUUAGACGGGGAGUUGAGAAUUCCUUUCGAGAUGUCGAAGGAACCUGUCGAUCUUAUUUAUCGAAUGCUUGACCGAAAUGUUCAAGCCCGUAUUACUGUUGAAGAUGUUAUACAGCAUUGUUGGUUUAAUGAUGUUAGAACAGUCAAGCCCUCCCAUGUACCUGUACCUUUAACACUUUAA